CUCCAAAUAAUGGAUCUUUUCAAGCUCUCCCUCCUCCUCUUCUAUGUCUUGAGCUUUGUCAUGCUUCCCUCGUCUCUCGCUCAAGACUCGCCUCAAGACUUUGUCAAUGCCCACAAUGCAGCUCGUGCCCAAGUUGGUGUCGGGCCAGUUCGAUGGGACGAAAGUGUAGCUAAUUUUGCUCGACAAUUUGCCAACCAACGCAUCAAUGAUUGUCAACUAGUGCACUCAGGCGGACCAUUUGGAGAGAAUAUUGCAAAGCAUAGCUCUGACAUGUCAGGCACUGAUGCAGUUCAGAUAUGGGUCGAUGAGAAGCCAUUCUACAAUCCUCGCACCAAUGCUUGUGCAGCUGGCAAGGUGUGUGGCCAUUACACUCAAGUGGUUUGGAGAAACUCAGUGAGAAUUGGAUGUGCUAAAGUUAGAUGCACAAACAAUCGUGGUACAUUCAUCACUUGCAACUAUGAUCCACCAGGCAAUAUCCUAGGUGAAAGGCCAUUCAGUACUGAUCCGUUAAUUAGAAUUGCUAAAUAAAAACAACUUUAGAUAUGAUCUAUGGCUG